AUGCAUGCAAAUACGCCCAGGAAAGAAGUCAAAGAGAUCCUUGAGUGGAGCCAUGGAUUGAGAAGCCAAGACACUCUUGGAGACCUUGGAAAUGAACCAAAGUCAGCCCGCGUGCAGGCUGGACACAUCAAGAGAAUCGUUCCUGCGCCGGGCGUGGGUGCGUCUGAUGCUGUUUCGCAGGCGGGCCCUGCUCGCUCGUUGAGUCUCCCGGUUGGUGCGUUCGUUGCGCCGCAGGCCAUCGUGGCCACCGAUGCAGGGCCUUCGGUCGGAAAACAUGACAAGCCGAUGAGGUUUCUUCAGCUGCGCAAGUGCGAAGAGCUCCUAGAGGUGGAUUGUCCAAGCUACCGCUACCCGACCGAUGCCGUGCGCAAGACAAAAAUGGCUAUCGUAGAGAUCAAAACAAACUCGCGGUGCGGAAGGGCAGAUCUUGCGUACAUGACGCAGCGAGCAUAA